CAGACAGACUUUCCCCAUCGAAACGAUAGAACAAGAGAACUUGGAAAAGGAGAGGGCGAAAAUUCGAAAGGAAGAAGAGGAGAACGCGAAGCAAAUGGCGGAGGCCCCCAGCAAGAUCGAAUCCAUGAGGAAAUGGAUCGUCGAGCACAAGCUCCGAGCCGUAGGUUGCCUCUGGCUUACUGGGAUCAGCAGUUCGAUCGCCUAUAACUGGUCGCGCCCCAAUAUGAAGCCUAGCGUCAAGAUCAUCCACGCAAGGUUGCACGCGCAGGCUCUAACCCUUGCUGCAUUGGUUGGUUCUGCAUGUGUCGAGUACUAUGACAACAAAUAUGGUUCUUCUGGGCCUAAGGUGGACAAAUACACAAGCCAAUACUUGGCACAUUCGCAUAAAGAUUAAGAUCUCCAUGUUGGCUCCUGCAUACCGGAUUAAUUUUGGGUGCUCAUGAACCAUGUACCUCGUAAUGCGAAAUGACAGCAUACUUGCCAGGGUAUUCCUGGAAAAUGACAUGGAGAUUGUAGUGCAGAUAUUUAUCUUCAUAAUUUAGCCUCAGGUUGCGUUAUGUAAUAUUACAUUGUGGACAGUCCUGGGAUAUUUUUUUUUCCAAGAAAAACCAAGGAGAGAAAUCCUGAUUUGUGCUGAAA